CAUGGCAGAUGGUGCACCAUGGCAAACUGUGAGAGGAUACGUUUGUUUUCUCUUCUAAUUACCUUUUCAAAAGCUCUAACAGCAGUGAUCCAAACACAGCAGACUGUGCUGGCAGCAGUGGGAGAAGAUGCUGAAUUCAGCUGUCAGCUCUUGGAGACUAAAGACGUCCUUCAGGUCACAUGGCAGAAAAUCUCAUAUGAGGUGGAGACAAAUGUUGCCACCUACAGCAAGUACUUUGGUCAGAGAGUGAAUGAUGGCUUUACAGAUAAAUUUGGGUUUAAAUAUACUGGACUACAGAACUGCUCCAUAGUCAUCAGGAAUGUGACGGAGCAGGAUGAAGGAUGCUAUCACUGUCUGUUUAACACUUAUCCUGAAGGCUCCUUCACUGGUAAACCCUGCCUCCAAGUCUAUGAGCUGCAUGAACCUGUUGUUGAUGUCAGAGAGUCAAACUCUACUGAAGAGUGGGUUGUUUCCUGUUCAGCCACUGGUCGACCUGCUCCCACUGUAACACUCAGUGUCUCACAACAAGACCUCAACUUCUCACAGUACAACACUGUCAGUGUGUCCAACACCAACGCUACAUUCACUGUCACCACUACAGCUGUGCUCUCAGGUUCACGUAAACACAGCACACAGGUGGGAUGUGCAGCACGAGUGCUCUCUGCUCCUCACAGAGAGGUGAUGGUGACGAUUGCUGAGGUCCAACAGACGUCAGAUUAUGACAUUGAUGAUUCCUCCUGGAUCACUGUAAUAGCUGCAGUAGUGGUGUUCUUUGUCUUUUUUGUCGCUUCACUGCACUGCUUAAAGAAAAAGAAAAAGUGA